AUGGCGGGAAUAGACUCUCUCAAUGCUAUUAACACGGAGAGCAUUGAUUUGGAAAAUGUACCCGUUGAAGAGGUUUUUCAACAUCUCAAGUGCACAAAAGAAGGGUUGACCACUAAUGAAGUGCAAGAGCGUCUUACCUUGUUUGGUUACAACAAACUUGAGGAGAAAAAGGAGAGUAAGAUACUAAAGUUCUUGGGGUUCAUGUGGAAUCCACUUUCAUGGGUCAUGGAAGCUGCAGCACUCAUGGCCAUUGGUCUUGCACAUGGAGGAGGAAAGCCACCGGAUUACCAUGACUUUGUGGGUAUUGUGGUCUUACUUUUGAUCAAUUCAACAAUCAGUUUUGUAGAAGAAAACAAUGCUGGAAAUGCAGCUGCUGCUCUCAUGGCUCAGCUAGCUCCUAAAGCCAAGGCCAUCCGUGAUGGGAAAUGGAAUGAAAUAGAUGCAGCUGAGUUGGUUCCAGGAGAUAUAGUUGCUAUCAAACUCGGUGAUAUCAUUCCUGCUGAUGCACGUCUACUUGAAGGAGACCCUUUAAAGAUUGAUCAGGCAACUCUUACAGGAGAGUCUCUUCCAGUAACCAAGAACCCUGGCGCUUCAGUGUACUCUGGUUCUACUUGCAAGCAAGGUGAAAUUGAAGCGGUUGUUAUAGCCACUGGUGUCCACACUUUCUUUGGAAAAGCUGCUCAUCUUGUGGACAGUACUACCCAUGUUGGUCACUUCCAAAAGGUUUUGACAGCAAUAGGAAACUUCUGUAUCUGCUCCAUUGCAGUAGGAAUGGCUAUUGAAAUCGUUGUUAUAUACGGUCUACAACAGAGAGGGUACCGUGUUGGUAUCGAUAAUCUUCUAGUCUUGUUGAUUGGUGGUAUCCCUAUUGCUAUGCCUACUGUUCUCUCUGUUACAAUGGCUAUUGGUGCACAUCGCCUUGCUCAACAGGGUGCUAUAACAAAGAGAAUGACAGCUAUUGAAGAAAUGGCUGGAAUGGAUGUUCUGUGCAGUGAUAAAACUGGUACUCUCACACUUAACAAGCUUUCUGUGGAUAAGAAUCUCAUUGAGAUUUUCAAGAAAGGCAUUGACAAAGAUAUGGCUGUACUUAUGGCUGCAAGAGCUGCGCGUUUAGAGAACCAAGAUGCUAUUGAUACUGCUAUUGUUUCUAUGUUGUCAGACCCUAAAGAGGCACGUGCUGGAAUCAAAGAACUCCAUUUUCUACCAUUCAGUCCAGCUAAUAGAAGAACUGCACUAACCUACCUUGAUGGAGAAGGCAAGAUGCACCGUGUGAGCAAAGGAGCACCUGAAGAGAUUUUGGAUAUGGCACACAACAAGUUACAAAUCAAGGACAAGGUACAUGCUACAAUCGACAAAUUUGCAGAACGUGGUCUAAGAUCUCUUGGAUUAGCAUAUCAGCAAGUACCAGAUGGUGAUGUUAAAGGUGAAGGUGGUCCAUGGGAAUUUGUAGCUCUUCUUCCUCUGUUUGAUCCUCCUCGUCAUGACAGUGCACAAACUAUUGAGAGAGCACUUCAUCUUGGAGUCAGUGUUAAGAUGAUCACUGGUACAAAGACUUUUCUUCACCUCAUACAUGAUUAUGGAUUCAAUGAGUUACUCAUGUUAAAGUCUCAUAACAUCUCAGGUGACCAGCUUGCCAUUGCAAAAGAAACAGGAAGGAGACUUGGAAUGGGAACAAACAUGUACCCAUCUUCAUCUCUGCUCUCAGCUAACCACACAGAAGCAGUUUCCAUUGAUGAACUUAUCGAGAAAGCAGAUGGUUUUGCUGGAGUGUUCCCUGAGCAUAAGUAUGAGAUUGUGAUGAGAUUACAAUCAAGAAAACAUAUAUGCGGUAUGACUGGUGAUGGAGUGAAUGAUGCACCUGCAUUGAAGAAGGCUGAUAUUGGAAUAGCUGUGGAUGAUGCCACUGAUGCUGCUCGUAGUGCUUCUGAUAUUGUCUUAACUGAGCCUGGUCUUAGUGUUAUCAUCAGUGCUGUCUUGACUAGCCGUGCCAUCUUCCAGAGAAUGAAAAAUUACACAAUUUAUGCAGUUUCUAUCACUAUACGUAUUGUGAUGGGUUUCAUGCUUUUGUGUGUGUUCUGGGAGUUUGAUUUCCCUCCAUUCAUGGUUCUUGUUAUUGCAAUCCUUAAUGAUGGUACUAUAAUGACCAUAUCAAAGGACAGAGUGAAGCCAUCACCAACACCAGAUUGUUGGAAACUAAAGGAGAUUUUUGCAACUGGUGUUGUUCUUGGAGCUUACUUGGCUAUCAUGACCGUUGUGUUUUUCUGGGCAUCUUAUGAAACUAACUUCUUCCCUAAACUUUUCGGUGUGAGAAACUUUAACCAACAUCAUUUUGACAUGAAAAACAAAGAAGUGGCUGCACACUUGAAUGAACAGAUGGCUUCUGCUAUAUACCUUCAAGUCAGCACUAUCAGCCAAGCGUUGAUCUUUGUGACACGUUCAAGAAGCUGGUCUUUUGUUGAACGUCCUGGUUUCCUUCUUGUCAUUGCUUUCCUCAUUGCUCAGCUGGUUGCAUCGGCGAUAUCAGCAAUGGCAAACUGGCCAUUUGCUGGAAUCAGAAGCAUUGGGUGGGGUUGGACUGGAGUUAUCUGGAUAUUCAACAUAGUAACGUACAUGUUACUUGAUCCUAUCAAGUUCUUAGUCCGUUAUGCUCUAAGUGGCAAAUCAUGGAACCGUAUGAUGGAGCAAAGGACUGCACUCACUGGCAAAAAGAACUUUGGUAAAGACGAACGUAUGGCUGCAUGGGCAGCCGAGACGCGUACACAGCAUGGUUUAGGGACACCACAAAAGCCAAUGUAUGAGAGAAAUAGCGCAACGGAACUUAACAGUAUGGCUGAGGAAGCUAAGAGACGUGCAGAACUUGCAAGAAUGAGAGAGCUUCAGACAUUGAAGGGGAAAGUUGAAUCAGCUGCAAAGCUGAAAGGAAUUGAUCUUGAUGAUGCUAACAACAACAGCUACACAAUAUGAGAG